GCGUUCGCGAGCGCGCGUGGGGCGGCGGUUGUGAGGGCAAUGGCGAGAGCACCUGGUGGCGUUCGCCGAAGGAGCGGGAGGAGGGGCGCGGGCGGCGGCGGCGCCGGAGGCGGAGGCGAGGCGCUGCGGAAGGGCCCGUGGAUGGCGGAGGAGGACGAGGUUCUGCUGGAGCACGUCCGCACCCACGGCCCCAUGGACUGGAGCUCCAUUCGAUCCAAAGGCCUCUUGCCGCGCACCGGCAAGUCCUGCCGCCUCCGCUGGGUGAACAAGCUCAGGCCAAACCUCAAGAGCGGUUGCAAGUUUACUGCCGAGGAAGAGAGGGUGGUGAUCGAGUUGCAGGCGCAGUUCGGGAACAAGUGGGCGAGGAUCGCGACCUACUUGCAGGGCAGGACGGACAACGACGUGAAGAAUUUCUGGAGCACUCGGCAGAAGCGGCUCGCCAGGCUCCUCCGCGGGCCUCUCCCUGCUGCACGGCCCAACAAGCACAACAGCGGCAAGGGCAAAGCGCCCUCGUCAUCUUCUCUCGACUCCCAAACAGCCACGUUCCACCAGAGCUCGGCCUCCCUGGAUCAAGCUUCAUUGGAGGGCAACUCCCUCGGCUGGCAAUGCCGCGAGGCUGCACCGUUCAUGGGAUAUGAUCAGGCAUGCUCCGGGUUCUUCGCUUUCGAGGGGCCACUGCCGCUGCAGCUACUACCACCCGCCGACGGCGAGGCGAGCUCGUCCAAUGCAGCUCAGUCGGCGCCACCACCGCUGCUGUUCGACCAGCCUCCGUACCCUCUGAUCAACUUCCCUGGAUGGCCGGAGAGAUACGUCGACGUCGGCCACGGGUUCGUGGACGCCGGCGCCAUGGAUGGCCUCGCCUACCAGGAGCUGCUUCCGAUGGUGCAGUCGGUUCCGAUGAUCAUGCCGUUCUUUGGCAUGGAGUGCGCGCAUGACGCCGUCAAGCACGGGGCCUUUGACGACCUCCCGCCGAACAUGUUCGACGACGCUGUUGAUCAGCCCCCACCGCCGCCGCCGCCGCCGCCGCCGCCAUCGCCAUCGCCAUCGCCGUCGCGCGACGACGUGUUGUGAACUUUGCGGGUUGGUUUGCUCGAUGGAGAGUGACGCAGUUUGCGUGAUUCUUUUCUGGUUGCCAAUUUGGAUAUCUUUGUGCCUGUGACAGCUUACAGCAUAGCCUACUUAUACUGAACCUUCUAACGUGUCGGAUUAAUGUGACAAUGUUUCUAAGUGUGGA